AUGUACUUCUAUCACCCAUGUUUUGAUGCCCUGCCAACAACAACCGAACCAGCCGUAAACAACACGUGUACUACUUCGUUGUCUUUGUGCCGAUAUGUGAGAACUAUGAAUAAAUUGAACACCACAGAAGACACCUUCAAAAUCGAUAGCAAGAUCUAUGAAUUUAUGGGAACUUCAAACAAUACUGAGUUCAAUAGUGAUGGCCAUUCGAUAAUCUACCACAAUGGUCCUUCAUCUACUGAGGUUUUACUCAUCUGUGCACAGGUUGAUGGUGAAUUACAAGUAAAUUCUACAGCAGAACCAAAUAAUGUUGUCUUAUCUUUUUACUCGAGAUAUGCUUGUUUGAAGCAAAUUGAAGAACCUGGUCGAUCUUUAGGUUCAACAUUGUUGAUAAUUUUCUUUUCCUGUGUAGUAUUUUAUCUCGUUCUCGGAAUUUGUACAAAAAAAUUCCUAAUGGGUGCAACGGGAAUAGAAGUCAUACCAAAUUUAGGAUUUUGGUCAGAUCUACCAAAUCUUGUCAAAGAUGGUUGGGCGUUUGCAAUAAAUGGAUUCAAAUUACCAAUGCGAAGCACCGGUCCAGCUACAUCCCCCGACCCGAACAGUUAUGACAGCAUA